CAAAGCAAGGAACACUCUGUGUAACCGCGCACUUUCCACGCGAUCACAACACAACCACACAAGCACAACAUCAUGACUGAGGUGUUGGAUGGACUGGAGAUCACGUCUCACUCCAGCGCUGGGCAUGGAACGUGCAUCACAGUCACAACCAGCAACCCGCUUCCGCGUCUCUCCAUCUGCUUUGACAUUGGGGCUUGCUUGACAGAGAGUGUGCAGGCACAACACGUCUUUGUCUCGCAUUGCCACACGGAUCAUGUUGGGUCCCUCAUGCUGCACGCCCGAGCACGUGAAAUGUGCUCUGGCCCAGCCACCUACUAUGUCCCCGAGCCCGUGAUUCCACAUCUCCGACGCAUGCAGCAGCUGUUUGCAGACCUCGACAGCGAUGGUGUUCCAAAGGUGCCUCCCGCUCGCUUCGAACCCAUCUGGCCCGGUCGUGUUGUUCCCGUCGGCAAAGGCUUUGCUGUCAAAGUCCUUGCUGUUGAGCACCGCGUCCACAAUGCAUUUGCUUUCGUCCUCCAGCGCCGUGACCGCCUCCCGCUCCCGCCAGAGUUUCGCGGUCUUCCCCCGAUGGAGAUCAAAGCCCUCUACGACGAGAAUGUUGUGCAGAAGUUUGGGCCACCAAAGGCGCUUCUCACCUAUUCCGGCGACUGCGUGCUACGAUCGCUCCUGAAACAUGCAUUUGUUCUCUCGACACGUGUCCUCAUCUGCGAGCUGACCUACCUUGACGACCGAACAGAGUCAAAGGCUGAAAAGUACAUGCACGUCCACUUGAAAGAGCUCGUGCCAGCGCUCCAUCGCUUUAGGAAUCUGUCCCAUCUUCACCUCGUGCACUUCUCAACACGGUACUGUGCUGAAUCGAUUUGCGGACACCUAAUGGCCCUACCGACAAGAAUGCAGGACCGGACGUCCGUUGGCUUGAUGGCCUUUGGCGAGAGCAGUGCUGCCUUGAGAUGGGCGCUGAAACGCGUCUUCUACGUGCAGGGACCUGGUGGCUGCGCCAUCCCCGCCGUUGUCACAUCCACACGGCACGACCACACACUUCGCGCGCUCUGCAGAACGUUGGUGGUGCGGGACAUGGAGGAUCAGCCGGGCGACUGUGCGGGAGUGUCGUGCGUCAUCUCUGUGCCCACCCUCAACCGGUCAACAGCGAUGCACAUCUACUCCCUCGGGGACGCAGGGAAGGCGACUGUUGACGGCAUUGUCAGCGGGGUCAGGGAGGCCGGCGGCGGUGCUCCUGCACGUGCACACGGCAUUGCAAAGGGCGCCCUCAAAUAUGUUCUUGACAUUGAGCGAGGAGCAGAUGCACAUGCGCACGCGGAUGAAGUUGUUGCCACCCUGCGUAGCGGUGAGCCGCUGGUGGCGCUGCUUGCGGCACAGACAGCGCCGCAUCACCAGCCACCGCCGCACCUGCCGACGAAGCGAACGACAACACCAGAAGGUCCAGCUGGAGGACACGCGCAGCUGUCGCACCACCACUCCAAACAGUCAAAACAGUCCACGCCGUCAAACCACACCAGGCCACCGCCAGGCUAGCACCAGUGCGUCGUCAGUCACCGUAUAUUUCGUUCUCUUUCUUCAACAAUUCCAUCGCCUUUCGUUUGACCUUGAGCGCCUGCACACGUGUUUUGUGUAUGUCGUUGCUGUUGUCGGUGGUGUACACACUGUUGUAAUAAAAUGGUCCAGCUAC